AUGAAAAGAUUGACACCAGUUGCAGAACAAGCACUCACCAACAACUUCGUAUACUCUUUUAGAUUAACUGUAAAGCCAGCAAAUGAAUAUCCGUUUGAGGUAUUUAAAGAAGAAAAGUCAUGGAUUGUAAAUCUCAAAGAACAAAUUUGCACUUGCAAAAGAUUUCAGAAUGAUGAAAUGCCAUGUGGUCAUGCUCUUGCUGUGAUGAAGGAGAUGAACAUAGACCCCUACGAUUAUUGUUCACAUUACUACACAACAAAAGUAUGGUUAGAAACAUACAAUGCAACUGUGUAUCCAGUAGGGAAACAACAACAUUGGGAAUUACCAGACUUUUUCAAAGACAUCAUAGUGUUGCCUCCAUUUGAAAGAGUGAAGACUGGAAGACCAAAGAAGAGAAUAAUUAUAGCUUCUUGGGAAACUAAAAAGAAGAACAAGUGCAGCAAGUGUUGA